AUGAAAACAAUGAUCAAAAUUGCAUAAAACGUCAAUCCAAAAAUUCUGUGACUUCAUUCACAAAUCCAAAACAAUCUGAUUUAACUGUCGCCAAUAAAGACACUAAAGAAUAUAGAAGAAAGAAAUUACAAAAACUUUAUAAUUUUCUGGGUGAACGCGUCCCUAUUGAUAUUGUAUUGGGUGAAAAGGAUAAUGAUGAUGCUUCAUUACUUCCAGAACCAUUACCGGAUCCUCCUAAACGAAAGUCCAAAGGAAGACCAACUUCUUUAUCAUUUAGUUCGAAAAAGAAUACAUCAAGUUCAAAUAAUAACACUGAUGCUCAUGCAACAUUAACCCUUCCAAGGUUAUCCGCAAUAGAUAGAAAACGUCAUCUUCACAGAGCAAUCAAGUUGGAAAAAAUGUUUGGGGAAGCUCCUCCUCAAGAUCUAAUAGUUCAGAAGUUACGUUCUAGAAACUUUACUGAUUCAAUAUCAUCCAUUGACAUUCAUCGUAGAAGCAUAAUGUCUCUUGAAUAUUUAAUGGAAAAUGAUAUAAAUGCUAUGUAUGAUCUCAUUGAUUACAUGGCGGAUAGCGAUGGUGAAAAUUAUGAUGAGGACUGUGAGGAGGAAUAUAGUGCUCCUUUUUCAGCUCCUGCAACACCUAAUCCUGCCAAUUCAUUGAGAUUUAAUUUACCUCAAAUAGAUCCGAAACAAGUAAAAUUGAAAGGAAUCCGUAAAUUGUCUCACUUCUUUGGUGCAACUUAUGGACAAAUGUUUCCUGAUCAAGUUCUUG